UAUAACGAUAAACCUUUUCGCUCGAAUCACAGUUCAUUCAAUACACUUGACAAUGAAGUAUAUUCUAACUUUUAUAAUCGUUUACCUGUUCAGAACGCGCGCACAUGUUACGAGUAAUGUUAAAUUCGAUUCAUCAACCAAAUCAGCCAUCGAUUUUCACGACGAAAAUCUUCUAACAAGCAGUGAUGAAAAUGUAGAUGAUGAUAUUAAAUACGAAAAGGAUUAUAGUGGUUACAGAUACAUGGACGACAUAGUGUACGGUUUGAAAACUGAAAAUUGGACCAAUGAAGAUUUACCGUGUUUAAAUGAAACCUUACGUUUGAUCCGGAGCUUGCAAAAUUUCACAACUUGGGCUGUAUGGGAAUGGGACUCCGUGUCGUCACAACCUCUGGGCAUAUUGUCUGGCAACCGAUUCCAACUGGGGAACUUCGACCAAUGUAUGUCCUCGCCAUGGGAUACAAAUCACCACGAAAUAAAAACUCAGUACUGCCUCGCAGAGGUAGCACUUGAGACUACGAACCACGUCAAGAAAAAAACUUUGGAUGAAAUAGAACCUUAUGGAAACGCAUUGGAUUUGAUACAGCACAAUACUCCCUAUUUCCGUCCUCUAAAGUACCUCACUUGGGGAGCAUGCGUGCCGGCUUGUUGUCAGCCGCAGUCUGUGGAGAGGUUGAUGCGAGUAGUUCUGUCGCGCAGCCACCUCGGCGCCGCCGGCCUACGUCCGGCCAUACAUGUCAAUGAGACUUGUCAGAGACCCGACGAGCCCAAGACAUUUGAUAGUCCUUUUUAUGCAUUCGUAGUAAUGAUUGGAAUACUAUUUGUAGUAUGUAUAGUUUGUACGAUAAUUAACAACAAAGGAAAUGCAGAUUUUCGUAAGAGAAACGUGAUUUGCAACGCAUUUUGUAUCGUUGAAAACGCCAAAGAUCUCCUUAAAAUGAGAAAAGAUGGCAUAGAAGUGAUAUAUGGAAUCAGAUUUCUGACGAUCUGUGGCGUCGUGAUGUGUCAUCAGAGUGGCGCUAUUGACGCCGGGCCCACUAGCAAUGGAAUAAAAUUGGAUGAAGCUCAAAGAGUAAUCGGUUGGUUCGUUCUGCACGACGAUCUACUAGUGGACACUUUUUUCCUAAUAUCAGCAUUCCUGGUGGCUAAAGGUAUUCUCGAGUAUGAAAAUAUGCCUUCCAUCCUUUUGCUGAUACUCAGGAGAUAUGUACGUUUGGUGGUUGGCCUUGCUGCGGUGAUAUUCUUUAUGGCUGCUGUGAUUGAACACACUGGAUCUGGACCUCUUUGGAAUCGAUUCAUCGAUGUCGAAGCAGAUACAUGUCGAGAGAAUUGGUGGCUCAAUUUACUGAUGCUGAGCAAUUAUAUUAAUGUAAACAAUAUGUGCCUUAUAGUGAGCUGGUAUAUACCAUGCGACUUUCACUAUUACGUGAUCGUGGUGAUUGUCUUCGCUCUGUAUAAACGGUGCUCUAAGCUCGGUGUGAUCAGUGCCAUCAUCCUGACCGCAGCAUCUGUCAUCAUACCGGGCAUCGUUAACUAUGCCAACAAGCUUCAUGCCAUACAGCUGUUCACGCAUGAAUUUCGUGCGGACCCCCGUGGGAAUCAGCAAUUUAGCUUGACAUAUGUAAAGACUCACACCAGGGCCGCGUCUUAUGCAGUUGGAUUCUUUGCUGGAUGUUGGUUCAUCAAAUAUAAAGCGAAGGAAAACUUCCGAAUCUCACAGGCGAGAUCCUUGACGUAUUUGUGUGCAGCAUUUGCAGUUAUGGUAUUCAUCGCUUUCCUCGGAGUAUCUUACCAGCUCAGGAGCUACUCAGAGCUGGAGGGGCACCUGUACGCAGCCCUGAACAGGCCUAUAUGGGCGGCAGGAGUAGCACUGAUCAUACUUACAUGUUCCUUCGGGCAAGUCCCUCUGGUGACUGGUUUCCUAAAAUGGUAUCCAUGGGUUCCCCUCAGCCGGUUGGCGUACGGCAUAUACCUGGUCCACUUCAUCAUCAUCAUGAGAAACGUCGCCAUCGCCAGAAAUCCCGAGUACUACGACAGUUUUAGUGUUUUCAUAACUUCAUUGGGUGUAAUUUGCAUAAGCAUGCUAUUUGCUUUGCUCCUUUGGCUUUUUAUCGAAGCACCAGCUAACAAACUCUUCGUGUUGUUAUUCAAAAAACGAAGUACCGAAAAAAAGGAAGUAAGUGGCAAUGAGGUGAAGAAUUCAGUGGACAUUCCCUACCAAGACACGAGCGGAAAAACCAACAGUGGUUUCAUUGACGAUAACUUGCCAAACACAAUACUGUUUUCUAAAAUGUAGUGUUUUACUUAAAGACAUAUGUACCUGUUAUAAAAAAAUAGUUUUAUUAGAUAAGUAAUAAAUUAAAUGCUGUUAGAA